AUGCGAGCAGGCAGGGUGCUGGUGCUGUGGUUGGCUCUGCUGGCGCUCCUCGCGCGUUCGGGGUGCGCGGAGAAGGCCUGGACGGAGUGGUAUUGGAGCAAAUUCGAUCCAGACGCAGUGGCAGCUACCACUUUUGACAAGGCAGACGACUUCUUGAUAUCCCGGAACCUGUGGUUCCACGUGCAGCGCUUCUUCGCAGUGCUGGACGCGUCAGACCUGGACAAGUAUGGCGGCGGUGACGGCAGCGCCACCAGCGCGGCCACCAGCGCCGACAUCCCCUUCAGCCAGAACAUCGCGGUGGGCAAGACGCCCUUCACCAACGUGUCGGCCCACUACCACAACAUCCGGGCGGGGGUGCUGCUGGGCACCUGCCUCUGGGUCGACUUCCCCUUCCCCGCCUUCCCGGAGAACAUGGGGCACUGGGCAGAGGUGCUGGCACCCAUCUACAGCGCGCUGACCAAUGCCAGCUGGCGCCAGCGUGCGCCCGACUCGGAGGGCUACCUCCGCGCCGUCAUCUUCCCCAAUCUGCGCCGAGAGCAAGUGCAGGGCCUGAGCUGGGUGAUGGACAUGCUGCGCCUGACGCUGCGGCCGGGGCUCAAGGAGGGGCAGGCCCUGCCGCGCCUGCUGUUCUUUGACGAGCUGGCCAGCCUCAACGCCACCAGCUGGCUGGGCUUUGAGCGCGUGCUGCUGGUGCACAACAGGUACACGCUGCCCAGCGGGCGUAGCGGCUUUGUGACCAAGGCGCACACGGACGCGUUCCGGGAAGCAGCAUAUGCAGCCGCCAACAUCACCUACGGCGGCCCCGCCUGGUCCGCGGGCCUGGCGCCCCCCGUCAUCACCUACCUCAUGGCCAUGAACCACGAGCCCGUGGUGAACAACGGCGAGGUGCUGGGCGCGCUGCGCGACGUGGGGCGCGCCCUGGGCCUGUCGGUGCGCCCCUACAGCGUCACCCCCGGCGCCGCCUUCCCCUCCUUUGUCGCCUCCAUGGCCAACACGGGGGUGCUGGUGGCGCGGCACGGCCCGCUGCUGGCCAACGCCAUGUUCCUGCCGCCCGGGGCCGUGGUGCUGGAGCUGCUGCCCUACAACUGGGAGUGGCGCGGCAUCAGCGAGAUCUACGUCAACCUGACGCGCAGCGUGGGCGCGGUGCACCACUUCGCCUGGAAGGCCAACAGCAGCGAGUGGGUGAUGUACCUGGAGGCUGAGGAUGCCAAGUACUCUCACUGGAAUGCAGAGGAGUGCUCCAGCAGGUACUGCCUGGAGGCGCACGCGCGGGCGGGCAUGGUGGUGGACACCGAGGCCAUCAAGGCGCUGCUGCUGGACCUGCUGCCUCGCACGCUCAAGGGGGCCAGCGUGGCGGAGCUGGCGCUGCGGUACCCCUGGCCCAAGGGCAGCGGCCGUGACGGCGGCGGCACGGGGCUGUGGUGGGACGUGUGA